AUGUUCUACGAGUUUCAUAAAGGUAACAAGGCAGCGGAGGCAACCAAAAACAUUUGUAGGGUUUAUAAAGAUGUUUUGAGUGUCCGUAAAUGCCAGUGGUGGUUCAGAAAAUUAAAGUCAGGUGAUUUUGAUCUCUCAGACUGCCAUCGUUCAGGAAGACCAGUAGAGUUGGACAGUAACCUCCUGAGGACAGAGGUUGAGACAGAUGCCCGUCAGACCAUCCAACAAUUAUCAGAAAAACUUAUUUCUUCUUGGUCGAGCGUUCAAGAACAUCUGAAAGAAAUUGGGAACGUCAAUAAACAAAGAGUUUCGUUUCCACACAAAUUUUCAGAUGACAACAAAGUCCAGCUCAUAAACAUUUGCAAUUCCUUGAUAACCAGGCAUGAGAAAGAACCAUUUCUUCAUCAGAUUGUUACAGGAGAUGAGAAAUUGAUUCUUUAUGUCAACACCAAGUGCAAGAAUCGGUGGCUUAGUCCUGACCUGAACCCAAUUCCGACAGACAAACCAGAUAGUCUUGUUGUCCCUUUGGUGGAACAGAGUCGAGAUAAUUCAUUUUGA